AUGCGGACCUGGGGGGGCACAGAACCCUUUGUACAGGGGUAUCUCAAGGAGCUUGGGGGGGUCACAGACCCCGGGGACAAGGGGGUUCCCACGGGGAUGGGAGGGUCGCAGAACUCCGGGGGGGACCCCACGGAGUUUAAGGGGGUCGCAGACCCUCAAGACAAGGGGGUUCCCACGGGGAUGGGAAGGUCGCAGAACUCCGGGAGGGUGCUGACUGGGGGUACAGGAAGGGGGGUGCAGUUUGCCCUCCCCCGUGCCUCAGUUUCCCCGUGUGUGAGCCAGUUCCAGGCUCGUCUGGCCCACGCCAUCCGCCUGCUCCUGGAGCACACGGAGACGCCCUACGAGGACAAGCUCUACAGCUGUGGGGAAGCUCCCGACUACGACAAGAGCCAGUGGAUCAACGAGAAGGAGAAGCUGGGGCUGGACUUCCCCAACCUCCCCUACUUCAUCGACGGCCCCACCAAGCUGACGCAGAGCAACGCCAUCCUGCGCUACAUCGCCCGCAAGCACAGCAUGUGCGGUGAGACAGAGGAGGAGAUCCAGCGUGUGGACAUGCUGGAGAACCAGAUCAUGGAUUUCCGCAUGAGCCUUGUCAUGGUCUGCUACAACCCUGACUUUGAGAAGCUCAAGCCAGGCUACCUGGAGCAGCUCCCGGGGAAGCUGAAGCUCUUCUCCAACUUCCUGGGGGACAGAAAGUGGUUUGCAGGGGAGAAGCUGACCUUCGUGGACUUCCUCAUGUUCGAUGUGCUGGACCAGAACCGCAUCUUUGAGCCCAAGUGCCUGGAGCCCUUCAAGAACCUCAAGGACUUCAUGGACCGCUUUGGGGCUCUGGAGAAGGUGGCUGCCUACAUGAAGUCCAGCCGUUUCCAGAAGAUGCCCAUCAACAACAAGAUGGCCAAGUGGGGCAACAAGAAGCUGUAGGAGCUCAGCAUAGGGCUUGGAGGGUGGGGGCAGCCCUAAGCCAGCCCCUCCAGCAUCCUCCAUCCUUGGGGGGGGGACAGCACCACUGGCAUGACGCCCCCCGAGACAAUAAAGUGCUUUGUAGAUGUGGCACCCUGA